GGUUUUUGGGGGGAUCAACCCCCCGAACCCCCUCUGAAGGGGGUUCGGGGGGGAGGAGUUUCCAUUCUUGCUCCCUGUCCGCGGGACAGGACUUCCUGAACGAGAGAAGGAGCGAACGCGCACUUGAAGCAAGACGAUGGUGAGGAUGACGAUGCCGUCAAGGGUGAUCAGCGGCAAGAUUGAAAUGGUCGACAUCCUGGCGAAUUUUCUCGUGCUUCCUGCAGCUUUUUUGUCUCAAGUAAGCUAGUGGGACAACCUCUGCCCGCUGACUGAUACUCAUCACGCAGUCUUACAUCGAACGCCUUGCGGCGACAUCCGACACCCGUGGCGAUGGCGAGCACCAGCGUCCAGAAGUGCACGAGGGGCGGCGGUCUUGCCGAAGAACAGCAGGCCUUCUACGGCAGGUCCGCGCGUCCCGCGGCGACACGGCGGCGGCCCCGCCGCGCGGGCGCUCUCCAGGGGCUCCAGUGGGCACACGCCGCAGCAGCCGCCCUGGCGCUCGCCGGCGUCGCGGCGGUCGUGGCGCUGGGGGCCGCGGUCGACUGCGAGUGCGGCUCCCUGGCGGGCUCGUCCUGCUCGGAGUCUCUGGGCAGCGACGUCCUCUCCGCCAGCAGCGCCGCCGCCGGGAGCGAGCUCCUCCAGCUCCUGGCGAUCUUCGGCUUCGGCGGGGCCGCGUGCCGCGCGGCGGGCCACGGGCCGGCGGCGGCCCCGCGGGGCGAGUGAGGAGCCCCGCGGCGGCCUCGCGCGGGAGCUGGGGCCUCGGGGCGCGCCUCGGUCCCUCCGCGUCGGUUCGGCUCUUCGGGUGUUCCGAUGUGUCGGGGGAGGGCUCUUCGCACCGCCGCGGGCCCUGCGGCAUCCCUGGCCUGCACUGCAGCGGCCCUCGGAGGUCCAGCCGCGGCGGCGAGGAAGAGGCCCCCCCCCCCCGGAGGCGCAGAGGACUCGUACGUCGGGGGCAACGAU